UUUGUGUGUUUCAAUAGGAAGGAAAAAUGAUGAAAGUGUUGCGAAUAGUUGAGCCUCUGUCGCGGUCACUGGCACGAUCAGCGUCGAGUGCGACAGGGUCAAAGACGCAUUUUGGGUUUCAGAACGUCACGGAGGAGGAAAAGGCGGAAAAGGUGUUCCACGUGUUCGAGAAUGUGGCGACCAAGUAUGACCUGAUGAAUGACACCAUGAGUUUUGGCACGCACAGGCUGUGGAAGGACUAUUUUGUGGACAAACUUGGGCCAAUGAGUGACAUUUCCCUUUUGGACAUGGCAGGUGGCACUGGGGACAUUGCCGCCAGGGUUGCCAGGUACAUCAGGAACAACGAUGCCGUGGAGCCCACAGGGCGCAUUGUCAUUGGAGACAUAAAUCCUCACAUGCUGGAGGUGGGCAGACGAAAGCUGGAAAAUGCCAACUUGGCCAAGGGAUUGGAGUGGGUGGAAGCUGACGCAGAGAAGUUGCCAUUCGACGCGGAAACAUUUGAUGCGUACACAAUAGCAUUUGGAAUCAGGAAUUGCGUGCAUGUGCAAAAGGUGAUUGAUGAAGCGUACCGCGUGCUGAGACCUGGAGGCAGGUUCAUGUGUCUGGAAUUUAGCAGGGUCAACAAUGCGCUGCUCGAAUGGUUGUAUGAGAAGUAUUCGUUCGAAGUCAUACCAGUCAUGGGGCAGUUGAUAGCUGGUGACUGGGAGUCGUACCAGUAUCUUGUUGAAAGCAUUAGGAAAUUCCCUGAUCAGGGAACCUUCGCCGAAAUGAUCAGAUCUUCGGGCUUUCGUGCUGUCAAUUAUGAGAACCUCACAUCUGGAGUUGUUGCAAUACACUCGGGAUUCAAGCUUUGAUUAUGUGACAUUCAUUAUUGAUUCGUGUUCUGCCUGCUGUGAGUGAUCAAAUUCGAAAGGGAUGAUUUAUUAUGAAGUGCAAUUUGUUUUAUUCCUCCCAAUUUUCUGCUGCUUUCUCAAUCUGCAUCAAAAUAGAAGUUGAAUAAAACAAACUUUAAAAAUCGCAA